AUGAAUCUAUUUUCUAAAACUGGGAUAAAUACUAAUAAUAUAAAUUUUUGUGAAUCAUAUUAUUCAAAAAAUGCGAAUAAAAAUAAUAACGAUGAUAUAAAUAGUAGUAUGGAUUUAUCGGAUAAUAGCACGAUAAAAAAAUAUAAUGGAUUUGGAAGGGAUGAUAAAAAUAAUGUUAGUGAUGGUGAUGUACAAUCAGAAAAUGGAUAUUAUUCGAAUCCCAAUCUUUAUAAUUCCGUGAAAAAUUUUUAUGAUAAUCUUUCUAACAAAAAUAAGGAAGGUAUAGAAAAUGCAGAAAAUAUAGAAAAUAGUUAUUUCGGAUUUUUGAAUAAAAAUGAAUACAAUGGUGAUAAUUAUGAUAACUUCCCAGUCGAAGAAUAUAUAAGUAAUAUUGGAAAAAAGGCUAUCCCGGAUUUUAAGCAAUAUUUAAAGGAAUGUCUAAAUGACCCAAUGGAAAAUGGUGAGGAAAAAAGUGGAAUAAAAAAGAAAAAAGGAUAUGAAAAUACACCCAUCACAAAUAACGAUUACAUGGAAAAUGAUUAUUUGAAGAAUCUUAAUAAAAAUAAUACAAACGAUGAUGAUAUGCUUAAAUAUAAUAAUUUAAUUAAUUCUUCUAAUUUUUUGAAAUCUUUUAAUGAUGCAGAAUAUCGAAAUGACUAUGGUAGUUUUGACUUAUUUGGUAUUAAUAAAACACAAGCACCUUUAAAAAAAAUCAAUUUAUUUGAAAAUGAGAAAAAUGAAGAAAUUUAUACAGAGGAAGAUUAUGAAGAAUUAGAGAGAGCGAAAAAAACAAAAAGAGGAAGGAGAAGAAAAAAUACAAAGCCAAAUAAAUCAAAAAGUAGAAAAAAUGAAGAUUUUAUAGAUGAUCAAAUAGCUGAAGAAAGCUGGAAAAAUCCCAAUAGUAAUGAAUCUAAAUUUAUAGAUGACGAAAUUAUUGCGAAAAAAAAAAGUAUAUUAGAAGAUACAAGGGGAAAUUAUAUAUAUAACGAAGACAAUGAUGAUUUGGAAUAUAACGAUAAAAAUUAUUACUAUAAAAAAUAUUUAAUAAAUAAUAUAUUUUCCAAUAUAUCAAAAAUUGUAUCGAAUAAUAAGCAUGAAGAAGUAUAUGAAGAAAAUGAUGACGACAUAACAAAUUUUAUUUCUUCAAAAAACAUAAAUAACAAUAAUGAAAAAAUUUCAGAAGCAUUCCCUUCUCACAAAAAUUUGAACUCUUUACAGGAUUUUGAAAAUAGUUAUAAACAAAAUGUAGGUAACCGUAAUUCUAGAUAUAACAAAAAUUACUAUGUUAUCAAAGAAGAAAAUAAUGGAGAUAGUAAUAGUAGUAAUAAUGAAAAUAAUAUCCGUGACAAUUAUAAUAACUACACUAACUACAAUGAUGAUUGCAAUAGUGCAUCGAAAAACCCAAUGGAUAAUUCCCAAAAAUUUUCAGAUGAUAAUAAAAAUGAAUAUACUAAUAUUAAAAAUUAUUAUGAGUAUAAGAAAUCUUUUGAUAAAAUAAAUGAUGACAUUUGUGUUGAUUAUGAUGUCAAUGAUAUUAAAAAAGCCAAUUAUGUACACGCUCCAAGUAGUGCUACUUCUAUUUCUAAAACCCGAACAAACACAAAUAAUACUAGUAACGAUGAUUUGAAUAAUAAUAUGAGUAAUGAAGACAUUUUAAACGGAGAAAAUUGUUAUAAUAAACAUGAAAAAAUGUUAAAUAGCUAUAUAUGUGACAAACAUAUCAAUUCAAAUGAUAUAAAUAAUUUUUGUAAUAAUAAUCAUUGUUUAAGUAUAAGAACAAAUAGUAAUGAAAUAAUUGGGAAUAAAGAAAAUGUCGAAAAUUAUUAUUCAAUGAUGCAGCAUAUUUCAAAAAAUAAAAAUCAGUAUACAUCAGAUAGUGAUGAUAAUAGCAAUAAUUAUUAUCUUUUAAAAACAAAAAAAAAUAAUAUAGACACAGAAAAUUGUUCAAUUAACGAUAAAUUUAUAACAAAAGAUAAUAAUGAUAUUGAUAAUAAUUUUCCAAAAAAUAUACAAAUAAAUUCGUUUUAUAACAAAUUAGAUCGUGAUAAUAAUUCUCGUAAUAUAAUUAAUAAUCAACCAGAGAAUUUUUACAACUACAUGUUUGGAAAUAGUUCUAACAAUGUUAAUUCUGAUACCGAUAUAAACAGUGCAAUCAAAGAUAGUAACAUUGAUAAUGCUAUCGAAAAUAAUGUGAAUAAUAAUCUUAAUAAUAAAAUCAGUAGUAAUUAUUUUCUAAGAACACAUAUACGUAAUAAAAAUGGGCAAAAUAAUACCGACAAUUACCCACACCACGAAAUACAAACACCCAACACAAAUAUAACAAAUAGCAGUCAAAUUUGUGACGCUCACUAUGAUAUUUUGAAAAAUUACAGUAAAACUCAUAAUUAUGAUAUAAAUAUGAAACAUUAUAAUGAAUCGAAUGAAAAUGUGUAUUCAUACUGUAGAGAUGAUGAUGAUAAUAUUAUCAAAAAAAACCAAAACACCCUAUAUAAAAUAUGGGAGGAAGAGGAUGACGAACCUCAACAAGGCGAGGAUGAAAUGGACGAAGAACAUGAAAAUGAUAUUGACCAUUACAAUAAUAUGCAUAUUUCAAGUAGGUAUAAUAAAUAUUUACAUAAUAGUAAUAUGCUUAAUAGAAAAGUACCACAUAUGAAUAGCGAAAGCAUGGCAUUUCCUUUUUUAAAAUAUGAAAAUAUGAAUAAUAAAAUCAUGGGGAAUAAACCCAUUAGAAUCCCCAACCUUCAUAAUUUGAAUAAUACACACAAACAUCACCGUUAUAAUAUAAUCAAUCAAAACAGUGAUAACAUAUAUCCGAAUUAUAGUGACAAUAAUAAUAUAAGUUCAAACUUUUCAAACGAUGAACAAAGUUCUGAACAAAAAAAAAAAAAAAAUGAAAAUAACAUUUUACAAAAUAUGGGUAUGCACAUUUUAAAAAACAAUGGCAUUAAUAUUGAAGAUGAUAGUGAUGAUAAUAUUAGCAGCAAUAAUUUUGAGGAUAAUUAUCCUAGUGAGGGAGGUGAAAAUAAUUUAAUAAAAAAUUAUUUGGGCGCACACUCAAAGGAUAAUUAUAUUGACAAAAAAUUACAAUUAAUAUUAGAAGAAAAAAAAACAAAUAGGGGCAUUGAAAAUCAAUUAAUUUCGAUGCCAAUUAAUAAUAUAUACAAUAUUAGAAAUAAAAAAAACGAGGAAGUAUACGAUUAUUAUAUGAAUAAUUCAGAUACCGAAAAAAAAAAAUUUAAAAAUACUCUUGAAAAUCGUAAUUAUUCGAACGAAAUCGCUAAAGCAAGGGCAUUUGAGUCCUUACCUUCCGGGGUUGCAUUAUCAUUACCGAAUGGCUGGAUAAACAGACAAAAAUUAAGUGUAAGCAAAAAAAUUGAAAUUGUCAAAAAAAAUGAAAAUAAUAACGACCGAAAAGUUAUUCACAAUUUAUCAAAUAUUGUCCCAAAUAAAUACUUUGAAUAUUUUAACAAUUCAUUUUUGCAAAAAAAUAAUAAUUUUUGUUUGCAUCAUCUAAAGUUGUUUAAUUUAAAUAAAUUAAAUGAAAAUAAAAAAUUAAAAGAACAAAAUUUAUUAAAUAUAAAUAAUAAUAACAAUAAUAAUAUUAUUAAUAAUAAUUAUAAUAGUAUUGGAAAUCACAUAAACAAAAAUAUAUGUGAAAAUAAAAGGAAUACACUCGAUAAUAGACGAAAUAAUAUCAAAAACAUUAGUAGUGACGAUAAUAAUGGCGAAAGUCAAUUCAUUAAUUUAAAAAAAAAUAUAAAUAAAAUAAAUAGCGAUAAAUAUUUUAAUUUUAUUGCUAAUUUUAAAAGACCAGAAUAUGUGUGUGAUAAACAUAAAAUGAUGCUCGAAAAUUUUAAUAAAAAUGCUUUCAAUAAGCACGAACUUAAUAUGCCAGCAGAAAUAAAUCGAUACAAUCAUCCUGAUGGAUAUAUUAUGAAUGAAAAUAAAAUAGAUAAUUUGGAGUCGAAAGAGAAAUUAAUAUCAAAUCUAAGAAAUGAAAAAUAUUUUUAUAAUUAUGAUUUAAGCAAUGAAGAAGAUGAGCAAAAUGAAUAUGAAAAUGAUAUUGACGAUAGUUAUAUUGGAGGAAUGAGAAAGAGAAAUAAAAAUGAACAUUUUCAAGACCACAAUAUGUUCAACAGAACAUUUGUAUUGCCAAAAAGGAGAAUUAUACAUUCGGAUUUAGUUCACCAUUUUAAUAAAAAUAAAUUAGAAGAAAUGCAUGAAGAAAAUAAUCAAUAUUAUAUGUACAAUACAUAUAAUUUAAAUAAAAAUAAGGGACGAAAAAAAAAUAGUUUUCCAGUAGCAAAUAAUUAUAAUUGCAAUAUUAAAGAUGAAUAUAAUGGCAACAAUAUAAAACAAAUUUCAGAAAAUGACGAUAAAAUUGCUAGUAUUGGGAAUAAUAAUGAGAAUAAUAAUAACGAAGAUAACAAUGUUGAAAAUAAUAAUAAAUAUUAUGAUGAUUAUUAUAAUACAGAUGACAAUGAAGACGAUGAGUAUAAUAAUAGUUCUCUUUGCAAUAAAAAUGAGUUGGAAAAAAUAUCUCAAAUUGAAAAUAUAAUAUCUAGAAAGAUGAGAUCAAAAAAAAAUAAUGAUCCUAACAAUUGUUUGAAUGAACCAUAUGAUGAUGAUGAAAGUGAGUUAUAUAAUAAUAUUGAAUUUGAUCGAAUUAAAAUUGAUAAUAUCCUUGCUGGCACAAUAAAUUUAGAAGAUAAAAACGAAAAUUUAAUUAAUAAUAUACUAGAAUUGGAAAGAAGAAAAUAUACAAUUAACUGUAUUAUAGACACAUUACGAAAGGAAAAUAAAACUGAAUAUAAGAUAGAUAGCAAAACAGAGUUGAAAAAUAAAAUUAAUCCAAGCAUUUAUGAAUUAUAUUCAGAUAAAUCUAAUUAUAAUAUUUAUAAUACAAAAAUGUGUGUAAAUUAUUUUCUAGAUGAAAAAAUGCAUUCGCCUGAAAAUAAAGAAUUUAUACAAAAAUUUUUUGUUGAGAAAAAUACUAAAAAUGUUUAUUUUGUACAAGUAUUUAAAAAUAAAAAUAAGGGUCGAAAGAAUAAUAAAGAAAGUUCUCGUGUGAGUGCCAAAUUGGAUAAUAACAGUGAAAUUCAUAAUGAUAAUUCUGAAAACAAAAAUAUGAACAUUAAUCAAGUUUAUGGCGAGGAAAAGACCCCCGUUUUUCAGCAUUCGGACAAAAUAUUCGAAGAUAACUACAACACUUUUGUUAACAAUAAAUUGAAUGAAAAAAGUUUUAGUACAUUUCCAUCAAAUACAUGUUCUGAGGAUACAAAAAAUCCAAGUGUCGAUUUCUCAGAAAUGCUGGAUAAAAAUGAAGAUGAAGAGAAACGAGACGAGAAUGAUGCAAACUGUGGCAUAGAAAAUAAUAAUGCUAAUCAAGAAAAAAAAAAAGAAGAAAUGGAAAAUAAACGCGAGACAAAUGAAAACAAUAAUAGUAAAAAUAAAUCAGAAUAUUUUAAUUAUCAAUUAGGAUUAAUAAUAGAAAAAUUUUAUAAAUUUAACAAAGAUAAUAAAAACAAAGAUAAUAAAAAUAAAGAAAAUAAAAAGAAGGAUAAUUGUGAAGUGGAUAAAAAAGAAACAGAAGAAGACGAAAAAAAGAAAACGCCUCGAAAUGAAAAUGAUCAAGCUUUCUUCGACGAAUAUAAAAUAUAUAUUGAACAAAAUAAACAAAUCGAAACAAAUGAGGUAGGUUGUGUCGAAAUUAAAGAUACACAGAAAAUUCAAAUAGAUCGAAAUAGGGACGAUGUCGAAGGAGAAAAGGUAGAAAAUAAUAAUUAUGGUGAUGAAAAAAAAAAUAUAUUGGAUCAAGAAACAAUAGUGCAAAAUUUUGGAGAAGCAAACGAAUUUGAAAUGGUUCAAACUAGUAAAGAAAAAAAAAAAGAUGAAGAAAAUUAUCAGGAAAAUAAUUUUUCUUUAGAAGAAAAAAUAAAUAUAAAUGCAAAAAUAGGAGAAAUAGAUGAGAUCGAUGAAAUAGACGAAAUAGAUGAAAUAGAAGAUAUUAGAGAAUAUAAAAGGGAACUAAAUGAAGAUAACAUAGAAAUUGAAAAAAAUAAAUUAAAAGAUUUAUCUAUACAACCAAAUUUAUAUGGUAUAACCAAAAAUGAAACAAAUUAUAUGCUUUUUGAGGAUGAAGGAGUUGAUGAUGACGACGAUGAUGAUGAUGAAGAAGAAGAUGAUGAAGACGAAGAAUAUGAAGAAGAGGACGAAGAAGAGGAAGAAAAUAAAACAAUAAUAGAAGAAAUGGAUAAUAUAGAAGCAUAUAACAAAAUUAAUGAUAGCGAUCAAACUAAAAAAAAUAGUACUGAGCAAGAACAUGCUUUGAAAACUGAAAAUAAUACUGAUUGUGAUAAAUACAGUAUAAACAUAAUUGAUCAAAAAAAUGUUAUUGAAGACACAAUGAAAAGUGAUAUCAACAAACAAAAUAUAUCAUUAUUUGAUAGAAAUAAUAUUCUAUUUAAAAAAGAAGAUAAUAUUACAGAAAGAAAAGAAGAAAAUGAUGAAUUUAAAAAUAGUAUAGAUAUAAAUAUUGAUAAUUUAGAAAAAGACAAAAGAAAAAUGGAAGAAUUUGUAAAUAAUUUUCAAGAAAAUCAAAAUAAAACGAUGAACGAUUUAAAAAUUAAAGCUGAAAAUGAACUUGAAUAUUCUGAAAAUAGCAAUAUGAAUAAUGAAAAUAAAGAUUAUAAUAAUGAAUAUGCACACAAUUUGGAUAAAUUUGAAAAAACGAAUGAAUUAAAUAACUACAGAAAUGAAGCUAGCUUAAUGAAUUAUAAAAAUGAAGAAAAUAAUGAUAUAAAAAAUAUACAAAAUUAUAAUAAUAAUAAUACUGAAAAUGGAAAUUUCAAAGGUAAUGACAAUAUAUGUUAUAAUAAUAACCAUAAUGAUGCUAAUCAAAACAAUACAAUAAAUCAUGAAAAUAUGAAUAUAGAAUUGGAUAUUAAAAAUAUACUCAAUAAUGAUAAUAAUAUAUUUAAAAACAUAAACGGAAAAAAUAUAUUUAUAAAAGAUAUGGUAAAUGAAAAUAAUCAGUAUGCACAUGAUUAUUGUGAUAUUGAAGAUAAUGUAAAAUAUAAAAUGUUAGACCAAUCAAAAAAAGAUAAAAUAGAGAUAAUAAAAACCAAAAUAAAAAAAAACAAAAAAUUAACCAAAGAUGAUUUCAAAUUGUUGUCUGAAGUAUUACAUCAUAAAUUCUUAUUAAAUGAAAUAAGUGCUAUUGGUAAUUACAAAGUAAAUUAUAAAAAUUCCUAUGGUAUAUUGGAGCUUGAAGAAUAUAAAUUACAAAAAGAAAUGCAAAGUAAGACAUGUGAUUGUUUAUCCAUUGGAUUAACAACACAUGAAAGAGAGUUUUUACAUGAGUUUCAACUUUUUAUGCCCGAUGUAAAUAUUAUGGAUGAUAAAAAUAUUUUAUAUAUAUUGAGGCAUUCAAAAGAUGAGCAAAAAUGCAUUUUUAUGUCCUUUUUAGAGGAAAACAAAAUUGCCUUGUAA